CAGGCACAGGGUGCAGAGGUCAGGGCAGUCACCCCUAAAGGGUGUGGCGAAUGAAUGAAUAAGGGAGCAAAUGAGUCAAGUGGGAGGCUUGGCCCUGUGUCCUGAGUUCCUGCCAUAGAAUCUGGGCAUUAGAUGAUGAAGACAGAGGGGUUCUCACUCUCCCAGAACCCAUGUUUUGGCCAGGUAGGGAGAUAGUCAUAUUCUUUUGAAAAUAAGGCAGUGUCACAAAGUGAUUGACUCCAGAAAGAAAAUUAAAAUAGAGUGAUAUCAGAGUGUCUGGAUAAACAUUAGACAUUGUACCACAUGGAUGGCUGAGGAGGGUCUUUCUGAGGAGAUCCUUGAGUCGAGUAUGAAUGAAAUGGUCAGGAGUGUUUGGGGAGGCAGAAGAGCAAAUGCAAAUGUCCUGAGGGGGCACCAAGCUUGCAUGUUCAGAAACACAGGAGGCAGUGUGGCUCACAUGUCUUGGGAGGAGAGGAACCCAGAGAGGCCAGGGAGGCGCUGAUCGUGGGGAUCCUUGUAGGCCCUGGUCAUGAUUUUUAUUUUAGAUGCUCCAGAAGCCGCCAGAGGUCCCCAAAGGCCCCUGCAUCAAUCUCAGUGCCUAUGGAACUUACAGCCUAAUGGCAGAGUCUCAGACCCACCCUCGAACACUCUUCUUGGGUGCCCUCAGGUUGAUGGGAAAGUAAUCCCAGAGACACACUGGGGAGCACUCUUCAGGGAUGGAGCAGGGCUUUCUGGAGUGAGGACCCCUGGCCCAAGGCGCCGGCAGGACCAUGCUCCUGGCCUGGGGCCUGCUUGGACACGCAGCUCCCCUCUCCUUCACAGCGAGUGCAGCGGAGAGAUCUUGAACAACUGCUGCGUGAUGGAGUAUCACCAAGCCACAGGCACCCUCAGCGCCCACUUCAGGAACAUGUCACUAAAGAGGAUCAAGCGUGCUGACCGGCGUGGCGCAGAGUCCGUGACAGAGGAGAAGUUCACAGUCCUGUUUGAGUCUCAGUUCAGUGUUGGCAGCAAUGAGCUUGUGUUUCAGGUGAAGACCCUGUCCCUUCCUGUGGUUGUCAUCGUUCAUGGCAGCCAGGACCACAAUGCCACCGCCACCGUGCUGUGGGACAAUGCCUUUGCUGAGCCGGGCAGGGUGCCAUUUGCCGUGCCUGACAAAGUGCUGUGGCCACAGCUGUGUGAAGCGCUCAACGUGAAAUUCAAGGCCGAAGUGCAGAGCAGCCGGGGCUUGACCAAGGAGAACCUCGUGUUCCUGGCGCAGAAGCUGUUCAACAGCAGCAGCGGCCACUUGGAGGACUACAGCGGCAUGUCCGUGUCCUGGUCCCAGUUCAACAGGGAGAACUUGCCAGGCUGGAACUACACCUUCUGGCAGUGGUUUGACGGGGUCAUGGAGGUGCUGAAGAAGCAUCACAAGCCCCAUUGGAAUGAUGGGGCCAUCCUAGGUUUUGUGAAUAAGCAGCAGGCCCAUGAUCUGCUCAUCAACAAGCCAGAUGGGACCUUCUUGUUGCGCUUUAGUGAUUCGGAAAUUGGGGGCAUCACCAUUGCCUGGAAAUUUGACUCUCCUGACCGCAACCUGUGGAACCUGAAGCCGUUCACCACAAGGGAUUUCUCCAUCCGGUCCCUGGCCGACCGGCUGGGGGACCUGAACUAUCUCAUCUAUGUGUUUCCCGACCGGCCGAAGGAUGAGGUCUUCUCCAAGUACUACACUCCUGUGCUCGCUAAAGCAGUGGACGGAUAUGUGAAGCCACAGAUCAAGCAAGUGGUCCCUGAGUUUGUGAGCGCAUCUGCAGAGUCUGCGGGGGGCAGCGCCACCUACAUGGACCAGGCCCCCUCCCCAGCCGUGUGCCCCCAGGCUCAUUAUAACAUGUUCCCACAGAACCCUGACCCCGUCCUCGAUCAGGACGGAGAGUUCGACCUGGACGAAACCAUGGAUGUCGCCCGGCAUGUGGAGGAGCUCUUACGCCGCCCCAUGGACAGUCUGGAUGCCCGCCUCUCCCCACCUACUAGUCUUUUCACCUCUGCCAGAGGCUCACUUUCUUGAAUGUUUGAGUCCCACACUUUUCUUUGGAAACAGUCCUCAAUGGGAAGGGGUCAUAGUAGUUGUGAUUUUAGUAUUGCUGUGCGUAUUGGCGCCUUUGCAGGUGGCACGUGUAUGUGCUGCACAGGUGCGCCUGCCUCGGUUUUGCCAUUCUGGGUAUGUGGCUGCAGCAGCAAGCUGCUGCCUUUUUCUUCAGAUCAAGGCAUUCCAGGAACCCAUGGGUCUGCUUCUGUUGCAGAAGAGACAGAGCUUCUGUUGUUGCAAGUACUCGGUGCAGGCAGGCCUAUUCCUGCCGGGACCUUUACCUGCUCAGCAGCUAUUGAAUGAAAUUAUUCAAGAAGGAAGGGAGAUGGGUAACCUCUCUCAACUUCAGUUUUACUCCUGAGUGAGAAGCUUCCCCUCCCAAGUGUGUACACACAUUGAUGUACAUGCAUCUGUGCUCGGGGACAUGUUGGUCUAUUGAUUCCCUCAGGAGGGAUGUAGAGUUCAAUGUUGGGUAUUUUAUACUUUAAUGAAAAUGGGUUCCAGCCUUCUUGUUAACUGAGAGCUUACCUAGACUGCAGCCACAUCUCUACCAGCAGAAAUAGGCAGUUGGGCCUGUCGAAGCUGCUGAACACGUGGUUUCUUGGCUUCUUGGCCUCCAGCCAGGGGGCCUGGGCUUCAAAUCUCUGAUGCCCGUGCCCACACUCCCACUCUCUCCAUCCCCUCCCCUCUUCCUGGCCCUAGCCUUCUUUCCUCACCUGUCUUCAACCUUGCUUCCAGGAGAGGUGGGAGGGAAGGGACUGGUCUAGGAUAUGGUGGGUGAUCCCCUACUUUCCUGGAAAAAACCUUUGGCAGAAAAGCAGCAAAUCAGCAGCUUGCUGCAUGUCUGCAGAAUCUAGACUGAGGGGUACAAGCUGAUCUCGUUCCUCUCAGCUGGGAGGUGUGCCUGGAACAGCAGUUGCAUAACUGUGGUCUGAGAAGGCCUUGCUCCAAACCCAAUGUGCUGCUCCCUCUGAGGCUAUGACAUGACACGAGCCAGGGGCAGCUGGCAGUGGAAAGAUUGGGAGUCCCAGGUUUUAACAUCUCUGAGAGAAGUUGGGAACAAGAAGAGGGAUUCUUUUGUACUUUGUACAUAGGCCACACAUUUGAGUAAAUGGUGUUUUGAAUAAAAUAUUUUUUUCAUAAA